UAACAUGAUAAAUCUGAAGGAAGGCGCACAUAUACUCUACGAUUUAUUUCUAUUCAUUGGCAUGACGAUAAUUUACUUCAUCGAGGCCUUAGUGUUGACAUUAGUUCCUCGUCGAUAUCGAGCAAAAUCAAUUAAGGGUGAAAUUGCUCUUGUUACGGGCGGUGCCAGUGGAAUUGGUAAACUAAUUGCAAUUAAACUCGCCAAACUCGGUGCACAUGUAGUCGUUUGGGAUAUCAAUAAAAAAGGUCUUGCGGACGUUGCAGAAACCAUAAGAAAAACUGGUGGAAAAUGUUGGACAUAUUAUUGUGAUAUUGCUGACAAAGAAGAAGUGUAUCAAACUGCGAAAGCAGUACAAAUUGAAAUCGGUAAUGUAAAGCUGUUAGUGAAUAAUGCUGGAUAUGUAUACGGAAAGACUUUUAUGGAAUUGCCUGACUAUGAAAUUGAACAAACUUUUAAAAUAAAUAUUUUAUCGCAUUAUUGGAUUACAAAGGCAUUUUUGAAAGAUAUGAUGAAGAAUAAUCAUGGCCAUAUUGUGACAAUAGCAAGCGUAGCUGGACUUUUAGGAAUUUAUAAUUGCACAGAUUAUUCUGCAACGAAAUUUGCUGCUAUUGGAUGUCAUGAAAGUCUUUUUACUGAGCUUAAAGUACAUGGAUACGAAGGGAUUCAUAUGACUUUAGUUUGCCCUUAUCUUAUAAAUACAGGAAUGUUCAAUGGAGUGAAACCUAGAUUGAUGCCGAUGCUUGAACCAGAACAUGUUGCUGAAGAGGUAGUCGUGGGUAUACUAACAAAUGAGACAUUAAUAGUAUUACCUACUAUCCUAAAAUAUUUAUUGCCGUUUAAAUGCUUACUACCGAUGAAGAUAAACUGGGCAUUAAUGUAUCACAUUCUGAAAGGACCACAGAUCAUGAUGACAUUCAAAGGUCGUGAAUCAAGGGAGGCAAAAAGCAUAGCAGAUAAUAAUAGUGGUGAUAACAUUAGUACAAUGAGUUAUAAAGAUAUAUGCAUGCAUUAAAGUUAUACAAGAUAGGAGAAAAGAUAUAUAGAUAUAUUCUUUUAUCAAUAAUAUAUAAAUUUUUAUACAUAAACGAUAGAAUAUAUUUUGCAGUUAUCUCUAUAUAUGUACACAUUAUUAUUAUACAAGUUUUACAAAAGCUGUGAGCAAGUUUUACAAACGCUUGAUUAUACAAUACGAAAAUUGUGUAAUUU